AAACAAGUUCGUUGCACUUCUGGUGCCUGAAAAAUACUGCAGAGAGGAGAAUUGGAGCCUAGUAGAAGCAGCAAAGCUUAAAUCCCCGGGUCCCUUCUGGAGAAGGACAAUUCUAUACCUUCCAAAGUCCGCUGCCAAAUAUCAGUUAUUUUGAACCGAACGCCAGAGCUUCGUUUGCUCUCUUUUCCCCAUUCACGAGGGCACCGGACAACCAAGAGUUACAGAGAAGCGCCUGCAGGAGGCUCAGCUAUACAAGGAGGAAGGGAACCAACGCUACCGGGAAGGGAAGUACCGAGAUGCUAUGAGUAGGUACCAUCGAGCUCUGCUUCAGCUGCGGAGUCUGGACCCAAGUCUGCCUUCCCCGAUACCUAACCUAGGACCUCAGGGCCCAGAUCUAACAUCUGAGCAAGAAAACGUACUAAAUUAUACCACCCAGACAGACUGCUACAAUUUAGCUGCCUGCCUCCUUCAGAUGGAGCCAGUGAACUACGAACGAGUGAGGGAAUACAGUCAGAAAGUCCUGGAACAUCAGCCUGAUAACGCCAAGGCCUUGUACCAGGCUGGAGUGGCCUUCUUCCAUCUGCAGGACUAUGACCAGGCUCGGCACUACCUGAUGGCUGCUGUCAAUAGGCAGCCUAAAGACGCCAAUGUUCGGCGGUACCUCCAGCUGACACAGUCAGAACUCAGCAGCUACUGGGCAUGUUUGGUUAAUGAGAAAAAAAGAUGCUUCUCCUCUUGACUAG